CCUUUAUUUAAAAAAAAACAAAUGCUUUGCCGUGCCGGUUGCAUAGAGCUGUACGAGCCAGCUUCGCCAGCAGUGUUUAAUCGUACAAUAAAGGCCAUAUAGCGAGGCUGUAAAGUAUAUCUACACUCGGCUGACAAUUUGGACCCGAGACUGUUGCUGCACUGUAAGUUACAAGCAAGCACCAUACAAUUAAAAUAACCGGUACAUUUUAUUAAUCACAUUAAAGAAUUGAAAAAAAACAGUCAACAUGCAACGCUUUAUAACUCGGCCAGAUGUUUCAUAAAGGGGUAUCUUAGAAGUGCCUUAAAAAUGUGAGCAAAGAAUGGAAAAAUGAAGCACUGUUGUGAAAGCUGAUUCACACGUUACUGCAAGAAAUGGCUUGACGAGGUUCUUGCUUCGAUCAGGAAACAACCAAAUGAGCAAGACGGGCGAAAUAGACCUCCUCUUGUUUGUAACGUUUCAUCCAACGUGAAUCGGUUCUGUUCAGACCUGUUAGAAAGUAAGACCAGUAAACACAGAGUAGAAUGCUAAACCAGACUAACCUGAUUGAUUCACGUACACAACGAACACAAUACUGUGUUACUUGGGGAAUACAAAAAAAAAGUUGUAUUCCUUAAUUUUAAACACUGCACUAGUUUUACAAUUUUACAGUGUUAGUUCAAAAAUCACCACUUCCAAAUAAUUUUAAUAAUCAGUUCAGCGGAUGUAAAAACAUAUUUCUGGCAAAGAACUGAUUGUGAUAAUACUAAAGCACUGCUAGAGUGUGCUGUUCAACAAUGAAAAAUUCACAAACAAACGGGCUACUUCCUUUUAUGUGCUAGUAGAAAAUUAGACAAAAGACAACCACUCUGACUGCUGUAAACAAGUGCUUUUUAAUGUGUUCAUGCUGAACCUGCAGCCGUCUGCAUUGGCGCUCUUUUGCAGUGUGACUCGGACGCUUCGAUGUCCUGUGCUUUCCUCUGCAGGAGAAGAGUCGCAUUGAUCCUGUUAUCUGUAAGGAAACUAAUAUGCUGGUAAUGAAAUCUGUAUUCCUCUCGGUCUUUCCACUGCUAAUGCAUAGAAUUCAAAACAGUUUCAAAGCUAUCACAUCGCAUACACAAAAUACUGAUUGUCACAAAACCCAAAGAAUGUAAAAACACUGCUAACAUUUUUGACAUGCGGUAGAGUUUUAAGGACACAUGUCUUCAAAGUAUACUUUUGCAGCUUAUAGCAAAUGCACUGUAAUGAUGAAAUAAACAAGCAUCAAUGAACUCCCUUUUGAUCAGCUGCCAGCGCUUUCCUGGUACGUGUUAUCUUUGCUGUACCGCUCACACAGGAUGUGGUGCGUAUGCCACCUCCUUGCGCACCACUCUGCAAUCGCCGCGAACCACAUUUCACACCGAACGCGGCAGGGGAGUGGAAGGGAAAGUCAGUGGACGGUCUGUUUUAUUUUUAUUUUUUUUAGUUAAAAAAAAAAAAUAAUUCAAGCAAUGAGGAGCGAAAUGUUAUAAUGUUUAUUUUUAUAAAACCUAAUUUUAACCUCUCCCACCAUCAUAAUGCCCCCACAGUUACCCAAAAUAUCAGGCAAUUGUGGUGUUUUAAAAUAAAAUAAAAACAUGUCGCUUUUAAAAAUUGAGAGUUUUGUGUGGUUUGCUGGUUACAGGCAAAGAGAGUGUGAGUUAAUGGCAUCAUUAUACAUUGAUAUUAUGGAGCAUCCUCGUAUAGACAUGAUUACUGCCAUCCCAUCAUAUCAGACUUUUUUGGAGGGGGGGUGUAAAAGCGGCAACAAUCAGUAAUACUGUGCAUCUGACAACACAAUACCUGGAACAAUGAACAGCAAACAAAAAAGAUAAUUGCGAUCGCCGUGCUCUACUGGAGAAAGGAAAAAAUAUUUAAGAUCGCUGUGGAAAGAAACAGGUACGGCGAAUAUCAUGGGCUGAUACAGGAGCUUCGGUUUGAUGAAGCCGGAUUUCAAUCCUGCUUAAUGUUGCAUUAUACCACUCUAGAAAAUCUGAAAUCAAAACCACAGGCUUUUCCUCAAUUUUUUUCCCCUGCCGUGCCGCGUCCAGUCCCUUAAAAGUACACUUUGGCAAAGAGAUUGGGGUGGCGAUCUGAAAGAUGUUUGAAUACAUUGCUGGCAUCUCCUCCUUUCUGUUUUUCAUUUCUUUUAAAACACUUUCGACAUUUUGACUGUCCGCCUUCAACCAGAUUGCAGUGGUCAUCUGGCUGAAAUCCAAAAUAGUUCCACACCAAUCUUCUUUAUAAAUGUUGUAAAAACGUGUAUGUUAAAACACGAGAAUAGUCAAGUACAUCAGAUUUGCAGUGUCUCCUUUUUAUUUUUAUUUGCUCAAGCAUGUACUUCUAAGUACAGUGGCCCUGUAAGUCAUCAAACAAAGUGUUUUGGUUUUUUUUUAUUAUUUACACGAUCGCUGCCCUAGAAGCCCACUUAGUAUGAUCGUGUUAAUACAAUCCUGAUCCUUAAAGGGUUAAGGCCAGAUUUUACCAGUCUCUUGAAUGGCCUUAACAGCACUGUAUUUAAAUAAGUAAAUACAUUUUCUUUGUGUCUUCUGUUUUGGCAGCUACUAAACAGGUGCCAUGGACAGUGUGAAGAUGGAAUCUGUCACAAUUAAAGAGGAGCUCCCUGAACAUGAACUUGUCCCCUUUAGUGUGGCUUUCUUUGGGCUGGCUUCCCUCCCCGUUAAACAGGAGCUGUGUGAGGUGCAAUGUGACAGCAGUCAGCCAGAGGUCUCUGAGAUUAAAGCCGAGCACAGUGAAUUGGAGAUCCCCCAGACAGAAGAACCCCUUCCUAUUAAAGAAGAGGUGGAGCUAGAAAUUGUCCGUAUUAAACAGGAACCCCUGAAAGUAGAGUUUGACCACAUGGAACCAGGGAAGGAAGAAUCUGAGGACUUCAAACCAAACAUCUCUGAGCUGGAGCCUGUACAGCUGCAGGAGGGUAGCGUGGGUCUGGAGAGAACCUGCGUGAGAGAGCAAGGUGCUGGAGAGGAAGGCUGUCCUAACAGCAUGCAAGGCGGUGGAGAGGACGAGGGACAGUCAUAUUCAGAAUGCAGUCUAGCAGGAUCCAGUCCAGGUGCUAAAGCGAGGGCAGGUAGUGGAGAAUAUCCUGACUCUAGAAUAGAUUUAGGACAUUUUAAAAUACACCAGCGAAUUCACAAAGGAAAGAAACUGUAUUGUUGCUCUGACUGUGGGAAGCGUUUCAGUCACUCAGGUAUCCUGAAAGCACACAAGCGAAUUCACACAGGAGAGAAACCUUAUCCCUGCUCUGACUGUGGGAAGAGUUUCAGACGGUCAGGAGACGUGAAAACACACCAGAAAAUUCACGCAGGAGAGAAACCGUAUUGCUGCUCUGACUGUGGGAAGAGUUACAGUCGUUUAGAACACCUGAAAAAACACCAGCGCACUCACACAGGAGAGAAACCGUACUGCUGCGCUGACUGUGGGAAGAGUUUCAGUCAAUCAGGAAACCUGAAAACACACCAGCGAAUUCACACAGGACAGAAACCGUAUUGUUGCUCUGACUGUGGGAAGAGUUUCAGUCAAUCAGGACCCCUGAAAUCUCACCAGGCAAUUCACACAGGAGAGAAAACGUAUCGCUGCUCUGACUGUGGGAAGAGUUUCAGCCGUUCAGAUAACCUGAAAACGCACCAGAAAAUUCACACAGGAGAGAAACCGUAUCGCUGCUCUGACUGUGGAAGGAGUUUCAGGGAAUCGGGAAAUCUGAAAGCACACCAGCGAAUUCACAGAGGAGAAAAACCAUAUUGCUGCUCUGACUGUGGGAAGAGUUUCAGACAUUCGGGAUACCUGAAAAUACACCAGCGAAUUCACACAGGAGAGAAACCGUAUCUCUGCUCUGACUGUGGGAGGAGUUUCAGACAUUCAGGAGACCUGAAAAUACACCAGCGAAUUCACACAGGAGAGAAACCGUAUCUCUGCUCGGACUGUGGGAGGAGUUUCAGACAUUCGGGAGACCUGAAAAUACACCAGCGAAUUCACACAGGAGAGAAACCUUUCUCCUUGUCGACGCACCCUGUCACAUGGGGGGAGAGUGGGAUGGCGGCCUUGGAGACAGAACUAUUGGUUUAUUUGAAAAAGAAAAAAAAGGGAAGGGAAGGAGUGGCUCCGUGGUGCCUCACCUGCCUGGAGUGUGGGCACUGUGUGGAUGUGUGCACCUACAAAGACCCCUGCUGGUGGGAGGCCUACAGAAGGGAUGAGGUGAGCAUGGCAGAGGAAUCCUACCCCAGCUACCUGAAAGAAGAGGAAGAAGGGGAGAAGCAGGCAAGCCAAGGAGACGGCACCCUCUCCAGCUCCAAAGAGGGAGAGCAGCUGGGACAGACAGAGUCCCUGUGUGAUGUCAUGGACAGUGUGGAGAUGGAAUCUGUCCCAAUUAAAGAGGAGCUCUUUGAACUUGAACUUGUUCCCUUUAGUGCAGAAUUCUUUGGGCUGGCUUCCCUCCCAAUUAAACAGGAGCUCUGUGAGGUGCGGUGUGACAGCAGUCAGCCAGAGGACUCUGAGAUUAAAGCUGAGCACAAUGAAUUGGAGAUCCCCCAGACAGAAGAACCCCUUCCUGUUAAACAAGAAGAGGGCCUGGAAAUUAAACAAGAGUGUCUGACAAUAGAGUUUGACCACAUGGAACCAGGGAAGCAAGAAUCCGAGGACUUGAAACCAAACAUCCCUGAGCUGGAGCCUGUACGCCUGCGGGAGUGUAGCGUGGUGCUGGAGAGAAUCUGCUUGAGAGAGCAAGGUGCUGGAGAGGAAGGCUCUCCCAACAGCAUGCAAGGAGGGGGAAAGGAAGAUGGGCGGUCAUAUUCAGAAUGCAGUCUAGCAGGUUCCAGUCCAGCAGCUAAAGUGAGGGCGGGCGGUGGAGAAUAUCCUGACUCUGGGAAAGGUUUUAAAAAACAGCAGCAAAUUCACACAGGAGUGAAACCGUAUUGCUGCUCUGACUGUGGGAAGCGUUUUAGUCAAUCGGGAAACCUAAAAUCACACCAGCGAAUUCACACAGGAGAGAAACCGUAUAGCUGCUCUGACUGUGGAAAGAGUUUCAGUCAUUCAGGAGCUCUGAAACAACACCAGCGAACUCACACAGGAGAGAAACCAUAUCACUGCAUUAGUUGUGGGAAGAUUUUCAGUAGGAUAGACUCCCUGAAAACACACCAGCGAAUUCACACAGGAGAGAAACCAUAUCGCUGCUCUUACUGCGAUAAGCGUUUCAGUCAGUUAGCACACCUUGAAACACACCAGCGAAUUCACACAGGUGAGAAACCGUAUCGCUGCUCUGAGUGUGGGAAGAGCUUCAGCAACAGAGGAAUCCUGAAAGCACACAUGCGAAUUCACACAGGACAGAAACCAUAUCGCUGCACAGACUGUGGCAAGAGUUUCAGACAGUCCGGAGACCUGAAAACACACCAGCGAAUUCACACAGGAGAGAAACCUUAUCACUGCUCUGACUGUGGGAUGAGUUGCAGUCGUUCAGAACACCUGAAAACACACCAGAGAAUUCACACAGGAAAGAAACCGUAUUGCUGCUCUGACUGUGGGAAGAGUUUCAGUCAAUUGGGAAACCUGAAAGCUCACCAGAGAAUUCACACAGGAGAGAAACCAUAUCGCUGCUCUGACUGUGGGAAGAGUUUCAGACGUUCAGAAAAUCUUAAAACACAUGAGAGAAUUCACACAGGAAAGAAACCAUAUCGCUGCUCUGACUGUGGGAAGAGUUUCAGACAGUCAGGAGACCUUGAAAGACACCAACGAAUUCACACAGGAGAGAAACCGUAUCUCUGCUCUGACUGUGGGAAGAGUUUCAGAGAUUCAGGAGACCUGAAAAAACACCAGCGAAUUCACACAGGAGAGAAACCGUAUCGCUGCUCUGAUUGUGGGAAGUGUUUCAAGCAAUCAGGAGAGCUGAAAACGCACCAGCGAAUUCACACAGGAGAGAAACCAUAUUGUUGCUCUGACUGUGGGAAGAGCUUCAGUCAGUCGCACAGCCUUGUUUCACACCAGCGUAUUCACACAGGAGAGAAACUGUUUUGCUGCUCUCACUGCGGGAAGAGUUUCAGAGAUUCCGGAGACCUGAAAAAACACCAGCGAAUUCACUCGGGAGAGAAACCGUAUCGCUGCUCUCACUGUACGAAGAGUUUCAGAGAUUCAGGAAACCUAAAAAAACACCAGCGAAUUCACUCGGGAGAGAAACCGUAUUCCUGCUCUGCCUGUGGGAAGAGCUUCAGAGAUUCAGGAAACCUGAAAAAACACCAGCGACUGCACAGAGGAGAGAAACCUUAAAGAGCAUGUUCAUUGGGACCUUUCACUUCUUUGGUGGUGGUGGGGGGGGGGCGACUUUAACCUUGCAUUAUGAUCAUGUGUAAUUUUCUUUUUUUUUGUAUAAUCAGCGCCACCUAAUCAGGACACUGAUAUUCAGUAGUUCUGCUUAACUGGGGCAGAACACUGGGGGGGGCGGCGGUUCUUCAUAAUGCUGUUUAUGUUUAAUUGGGAUGUCACUUUGUUUACUUGGGAUACAGUAUUUUGAAAUGAUGAACAGAGAUCACUUUUCAGAGCAAGACAGCUUUGUGUAGCAGCUCUGAUGUGAUUUCAUCCUUUUUCGUUUCAUUUAAAAAUUUAAAAAAACUGCGAUUACAUUGCAACGUCACAAGGCUUCUCUGCAGUCAGUUUAUCUCAGACUGUAUAUGCAGUCUGUGCCUGGGUGCGGGAAUAUGCAGAAAGGAAGCCAUUCCUCAAUUUAGCUGAUGUACGUUAUCUUAAACUGCCCCAAACAAUACAAGUGUAGCAAGCAUGUGUACUGAUCUUAGGUACAGAAAAGCGUACAGGUUUUAUCCCAAGCUCUUGCUGUUUUGCAGUAGUUUAUACUCUGACAAAUUACAAAUGGAAAUGUAGCUUAGCUAUGACUAUUAAUGGAUUAAGCUACCGUUACAGCACAAAAUAAUAUAAAAUAGAAAUAAACGUGUGUGGGUUCUGUAGAUUUUGCAACAGAUUUAUUUACCUUUAGUACAGAUACAUAAAUACCGGUGCAACAGAUGCUUUGAUACAAAAGCAUUUUUUUUGUCAUAAUGAAAUGCUGCUGUGUUGUAGAUGCUGAGUCUUGGUUGAGUCCUGUGGUAUUUUAAACUCCUGUUCAGUAUUAAUGCUGAUUAGGGUGUGGUUUAACUAGGGCUGUCGCUCGAUUAAAAAUUGAUUGGUUACUUUAUGGGCAUUAGUUGAUUAAUCCUUGCACAUUUUGUAUAAAGGUAACAAUCUUAUAGCAGUUUUCCUGCA